UGUCCACCAGGAGGGGGUGGAGCAAAUCCUUGUCCUUGUCCUGGGGGCGGCGGAGGCGGAGCAAAGCCUUGGCCUUGAGGUGGCGGUGGUGGCGCAAAGCCGGAUCCAGGGAACUGUCCUGGAGGCGGGGGUGGAAACGCCAUCUUCACUUGGACUUUUUCGUGAUCAAUCCGAUACAGAUAAUAUGAGCAGAACCAGGAUAAUGCCUUCUGUUUUGUCUUGCUUGCUACCUUCUUGUCUGUACGACUUAACCUCCUUGCUUGGGGUAUCAGGCGAGGCAGAAGAUGCCAAUGCCAAUGUACAAAAGAUAUGCUGUGCUGUUGGUUGUGGACGAUGACCGAAUCCAACGGCAACAAACAACAGGAGCGGUCGGUUCGUCGCGAAGACCCGAUGUGGUGGCAGGAACCACAAAAAGAUCUCUCGAUUGCUCUCGAAGGGCUUCGAUCUUGGGCGCGCGUCGUUGCGCGGAAGCGGGAAACACCAGUCGAGGUUUGAAGAUUCAUGGCGGUAUCUGAAGAUACAUUAAUAAUAUUGAUGUUAAAUCUACAACAAUACUUCUGCCCUCUUGCCAAAGAUGCGGACAAUAAAGCCAUGGCUCAUACCGGUAGGGGAUGGCUGUGAUGGGUGCAUUUUCUGCUCGAAAAGUCUCAAGGUCUCUAAAGAAUACGUUUCCGGUGAUCAGUCGUAACGUUUUUCUCUUCAUCCCUAUUUCGAUUCUCAGUUCCACCUGGGAGGUACCGGUAGAGCAUCGGGGGCGAGAUAAGGACCAUACCGUACCGGUACCGGUACCGGUAGCAUUUGGUGUUUGGUGGGUUGGAUACCACAUGCACAGAAGACCUCAGGGGCAAAAUUGACAGAACAAGGAUGGCGAAGGCGUCCACAGUGGUUGUACUAUUGUUGAUAUCCCUGUUCCACCAGCUCUGUGCCAAUGCGAUUGUCCUGAGAAACUCGGAAAACAAUCAUCGAUUCUACCUGGCAAAGACCCAAGAGACCUUUAAAUUUGCCGACUUGCAGCUUCUGCAAGCCCAACUGGAUGCAACCAACUGCCAAUAUGAAUGCGAGAGGCUUGUGUUGGAUGCCGCCACGGGAUCGACACUUCUACAACUGAAUUUUGAUUCCAGGAAUCCAGCAACGGUAUACGACCUCUUGCCACAGCAAUCUUCUGAAAAGAAUAAAGUUGAAGUGGACGACACUCUUCCACCUAGCUUGGCACGGUGUGAAUGGAUAGCAGAGGUCAUUGCUUUUGGAUCAAAUGCCAGCAAUUUGGUCAAAUCAUUGCAAGAACACAACAAUGGAAAAGGAAUCGCAAUAGAAAAUUGCACAGGUUGGGCCAUCGAUUACAUCCGAAUGGUUGAUAAAGAGGGCUCGGCAAACGACAUUCCCAAGCUGGGAUACACUUUGAAGCCGCUCCUCUGUGCAAUUGCUCAAAACAUUCGAGCCCCGGCAUCGUUGGAUGCCAGCUGUGCAUCCGACAAACUAGUUGCUAUCGAGACACUGCACCAUGGCAUAUACGUGGGUCGCAUCAUUUCACGUUCUGGCUCUCCUACCGGUACUGCUCACCUGUCCUGCUGGAGCAAGAGGCCUUUCCAGUACAGUUCUGCCAUUCACCCCGUGGUGGCUGAGAUCGUCAUUGAAAUGUUGUUUGAUCUAGUCGAACACCCGGUGGAACCGGACGGCGCUAUUCGUAUCCUCGAUCCAACGUGUGGUAGCGGUACCUUCCUGGCCUUUGCUCUGGCUUCCGGGAGACGAAGAGUCCACGUCGAAGGGUGGGAUGUCAACCCGCAGUGUGUACAAGGAACGAAGCAAAACCUUGGAUACUGCUUUGGAGAAGAUAGUGUCUCUUCAAGGUGUCGAGUGCGUGUAAGGGAUAGCUCUAUAGUGCCACUCGUCCAAGAGUCAGGAGACUUGCCGUUGAAGAUUGACUGUGUAGUUUCCAACCUGCCGUGGGGGCAGAAUACAAUUGACUACGUGGAUCAGAAUCUCAACAUUCUGAAAGCACUGAAGCGACAGCUGAAACCUGGAACUCCAUGCAUCUUCGUCCACAAGGAUGCACUCUUGUCCAACUCCAAGCCGCUGGCACGCCUGGGCUACAGCAUCAUCGGGGAAGCCACAGUACCGCCACCGAAUUUUGCGCUUCCCAAAUCACGUAAGAAACGCACUUCUAGCAGCAAAGACGCGGAUGGUCCUACAAGCACAAGACCACAACGAAUCACAGUGACAAGAACUCUGUCUUGAAACUACAAAAUAAUUUCCUUUGUGUAAGUCUAUUAUUCGUGCCGAUGACUGGUGGGAUGCAUUUGCACAAACCACCAUGUCAUGACGAAAGCAAGGACGGCAAUCCCGGAACAGAUCAGCAUGACAUUGGCAUCGCCAUAGGUUUCUGCAACUGGUUCAAACAGGGUGGCUCCAGUCAAAGCGCCCAACUUUCCCGCGGCAGCACUGACUCCAUUUAAUGUGGAUCUGCACUCUGGCGAGAACACCAUUGAAGGCAAGAUGAAAGUUGUCGUGUUUGGUCCAUUGUUGGCAGCAAAGAAGGUCAUGCCAUAGAGCAAUACGAGAAGCACUGGCGUGUGCUUCAAAGCAGACCAAUUGGUCCCAAUGGCAAAGUAGAGAACGGCCAUCAAGGCGAAUCCUUGUAGCAUGAUGUAUUUUGGCGUUUGAAGUAUACCGCAUAUCCGUCUUCCCAUGACCAAGCCUGCGACACCGUAACCAGGGAGGGCAAUGGCAGUCAAAAUCAAGGAAUUGAUGGCUGUUUCCCUCAAUUCGAUGAUAGGAUCGCCUCCUUUGCUACUGGAUCCAAAUGCGGCCUCGAUCACAAUGGGUUGGAAGAGAGCAUUCCCAUAAAACAACACGUCAAAUAAAAACCAUGUCCCUGCAGUCCCCAAUAAUUUUCGAA